AUGACUGCAUUCAGACUCUUUCUCUUCUCCCUCGGGAUCGUUCUGGUGUCCUGUUCUCGUUACUCUCACCGUCAUUACCACUACAUCCAAACUGACAUGACUUGGUCCAAAGCACAGAGCUACUGCAGACAGCACCACUCAGACCUGGCCACUUUUGAAUCCAUGGAGGAAGUUCAACAGCUCCAGCCAACAUUCUCCUUCUCCUGGGCCUGGAUAGGGUUGAUAGACAACACAAGCUCCUGGAAGGGAAUCAUGGGGAAAGAGGGAAACUCCUGGAGAUGGUCUGCUACAGGAGAAACCAGCCAGAGUGGAUUUCAGAUGUGGAGUUCUGCAGAACCAGAUUACGGUGAUCGCUAUGAGACCUGUGUGAUAAUGAAUACAACCGGACUGUGGUCUGACAAAGACUGCAGCACCCUCUACGGCUUUGUGUGCUUCACAGAGAGUGACCUGGGUGUGGUGUCCUAUCAGUACAUCAGCGACCCGAGAUCGUGGGUCGAGGCUCAGACAUACUGCAGGCGGUACCACACAGACCUGGUCUUCAUCGAGAACUCCAUCCAAAACACUCAGAUCAACAACAGUGUGGCGCCCAGAGCCAUCGUGUGGAUUGGUCUGUACCGUGUGCCCUGGGCCUGGUCUGACCACAGCCCGAGCUCAUUCAAGAACUGGAGGUCUUUCAGCCCUAACUACCCCUACGUACAGCACUGUGUAACUGAGAAUAUGGAUCACAUUUGGGACGAUGAGGGUUGUGAGGAAGAGUGGCCGUUGAUCUGUCAAACAGUGUCAAAGCUGCAGACGUUUGUGAGAGCACGCAUGAUCUCAGGUGCUGACCUCACCCUCCCAAAGACUCAAGAUCAGAUCCUCCAGAAGCUGGAUGAAGAGCUCAGACGACUCAGGUGGAAAGGCUUCACACUGACCUGGACAAUGAGGCCAGUCAAAGACGACACUUAA